AUGAGAAAGUCUACACGUUUGAUGGUUAAAGUUACAUUGGCGACCGCUCAUGUUUUGGGCAUCCUCUCCUUUUUCUACAAUCAUCGCACCGGUGAAAUUUACACAACCCCCUGGUUAACCAUCUAUACCGCCGUCAUCAGUGUGGCCAUGUUUGGAGUGGUGCCCAUGUUGCGAAACAUCAACAUCAGUGGCAAACGUAUCCAUGUCAAAAUUAACUUCUCCAUUUUUGUGAUACGAAUAACGGCUGUUCUGGUGACGAUGAUCUUCAAUUGGACCAAACGUUGUGCCUUCAUGGAAUAUCUGAGAAAUUUAAAAAAAUUAAGAAUAGAAUUCGAAAAAAAGUGGCCUUUGAGUCAGAAUAUGGAGGAGAAGUUCGAUAGGACACUACGAAGAAAAUUCUGCUGGGGCGUUUCGUCAAGUCUGGUCGUAUUUGUGGGAUUUAUGGGCUAUUUGAAAAUUGAGCUAAACAUCAAUAAUGUUUGGAUGAUUUUGUUCUUGGCUCUCAUGACGAACAUCCUCAAUGUGGUCCUGACAAGUUACUUUUUUUGCAUUCUACGGAUCAAUAUUUUCCUGGCUGCCAUCAAUGAGGAAGUAACCCGGAUUCUGAAGAAGUCUGAAAACCUAGCCUACUUGCGUAGUCGUGGACAAACCCAUGCUGGCUUUUUUAUAACCCAAUGCUGUAAAUUUGCCGAUGAUUUAGAUGAAUUGGCCAGGUUUCAGUUGGAGUUUCGAAAAUUGGCCCGGAACAUCAAUGGCAUGUAUGAAGUCCAGGGUUCCUGUGUUUUGCUGUCGGUGUACUUGAAUAGCAUAUCGGUGAUUUACGAUGCCUAUAUUUCGCUUCACAUUUUGUGGGAUGAGUAUACGAAAAUUAGGCUGGUCUUUACAACGAUCGCGUUGUUUUUGUACUUCAUGGAUUUGAAUGUGUUCCUAUUCACAAUGUUGGAAUAUCAGGAUUUGCUUAUUGAUUGUGGGCGGAUUUUAAAAGAACAUCAGACGUGUUUGACCAACUUGGAUGUGAGACUGGAAGAAAGUUUCAAAAACUUCUCCCUGCAGCUGGCCAAAUUCCCCAUUGAAAUGAAAUUGGUGGGCCUGUUCAAAUUUAAUCGGGCCAUGGUAUUCUCCAUUUUCGGUUCAACAAUAUCGAAUGCCAUAGUUUUAAUACAAUAUGACUACAAGAAUAAUUACAAUGAAUGAUUGGUUUUGUUUUUGUUGUUGUUGUUGUU